AUAUAUAUAUUAUAUACAUACACAACUUAUGUAUGUAUUUUCUUGAUCACUAUAUAGUUAGAUAUUGGGCACAAUAAUAUAUAUUUAAAUUAAAUUAAAUUAAAAAAAAUAGUAAAUGGAGAGUAACAACAACAAUAGUAUUUGCUCUGUGGAGGAAGUGAACAAGGCUGCCACUCUUGAGAUAUCCACUCAUUCUCACCACCUUCUUAAAAGAUCAGGGACAAUAUGGACAGGGAUAGCGCAUAUAAUAACAGGAGUUAUAGGGGCGGGUGUAUUAUCUCUUGCAUGGAGCACGGCCCAAUUAGGAUGGAUUGCGGGCCCGUUAGCUAUACUUGUAUUUGCCGCCAUUACUCAACUUUCCAUUCUUCUUCUUUGUGACUGCUAUCGCUCUCCGGAUCCUGCACGUGGCCCGACCCGGAAUCCAUCCUUGAUUCAGGCUGUCAACUUUUACUUGGGGAAGACGAAACAGAGAAUAUGCGCAAUAUUCGUGCUGGAGAGCUUCUACGGAGGUGGAAUUGCAUACACUAUCGUGACAUCCUCCUCCGUCAAAGCAAUCCUACGGUCAAAUUGUUACCACGAAGAAGGGCACGAUGGUAAUUGCAAAUACGGAGACAACGUAUUUAUGGUGAUAUUUGGGUUAGUUCAAAUUAUAGUGUCACAAAUACCAGAUUUUCACAACAUGGCUUGGCUCUCUAUUAUUGCUGCAAUUAUGUCAUUCUCCUAUGCUUUCAUCGGGUUCGGGCUGGGCUUUGCUACUGUAAUUGGUAAGCCCGAAUCUAUCUCUAUCAUAUAUUUCUUAAUAUAUAAUACAUGUUUAUUAGUGCUUUAAUUACACUCUUUGCUAAUUUUUUUGACAUACUAAAAUUAGUGUCCCGCUUUACGUAU